CAGAGAACGUUACUGGCAGUGACUGCCUGCCCAGAGAAGCUGCUGCAAAUACGAGUUGUUCUUUUUAAAUCCCUUUCUCUACGCUGCUUGUCUGAGUCGGUGCUUAAACUGCCCUUCCAAAGAACUGCUUGAAAACCCUCGUCAUCUUUCCUUGGAGCUCCUUGGCUGUCGAACAUUGUGGCUACAGAAAUGUUGUGGUCAGAAGUUGAGGACAACCUGGAUCAGAUGUGCUUCAUCUCCUACCUGCCCGCUUGAUGUGCAGCGAUUUAUUUCCGCGUUGGCGGAAGAAAUGGAUAAUCCUCUAUGGUGUCUAAAGUUUCGGGAUCAAGUUGCUCGACCUUCUCCGUAAUUCAGAAAUAACUGUGCCAGGGGCCAGGAUCCAGACAAUAAAGAACUGGGAGCAGGUGAAAGCAGAUCACAAGAGGAAAUAAAAGUGAAGUUUCAUUCCACUUCACUUCAUUUCAAAUUAAAAUUAGAAUGGCUGACAACCAGAUCCCUUUCUCGUGCUACCCUGGCCGGCAUCGGAAUCUCAGAGAUCCCUUCAGGGAAUCCAGCUUGUCCUCUCGGCUUCUGGACGAUGACUUUAACAUGUCUCCUUUUCCCGGCGACCUGACUGCCAACUGGCCGGAUUGGGCCCGCUCGCCCCUGACCGCAGGCUGGGCAAGUCCACUGAGGUCAGGGAUGGUCCGGAGCAGUGGAUUCUCCCCUCCGGGGUAUGGCUCUCGCUUUGGGGUUCACCCUGAAGGGGAUCCCUUUGGAUCCAGCCCACCGACCUUCUCGGGAGAGCCCUGGAAAGUCUGCGUCAACGUCCAGAGUUUUAAACCCGAAGAGCUCUCGGUCAAGACCAAGGAUGGUUACGUGGAAGUGUCAGGUAAACAUGAAGAACAACAAGCAGAAGGAGGGAUUGUUUCCAAGAAUUUCACCAAGAAAAUACAGCUUCCCGUGGAAGUGGACCCCACCACCGUCUUUGCCUCCUUGUCCCCCGAAGGGCUGCUGAUCAUCGAAGCUCCACAGAUACCUCCAUAUUGUCAGUACGGGGAUGGCAGCUAUGGCAACGAGAUUCCUUUGGACAGCCAAGAAGCCACUUGUGCCUGAAGGAAGUCCUGCUUGAGUCUCUCCCCCCCCCCAUAAAGCCCCUUCCAUCAGCUGCCUUCAUUCAAAGUCUUCUUCCUUGUAGAUGUCCUGGUCAACCCUACUCUUGAGUGGACUUCUUGAGCUGCCACGUUACACUUGGGGUGGAGGGGAGACGGGUAAUGUUAACCUGGUCUUUGAGACUUUCAAAUCAGUGGUAUAAAAUUAUACACCUUGGCGGUGCCCUUUCUCAAACAGGAAUGAUGUUGAGUCAGAAGGAUUCAGUUCCAGAAAGCUUCUUUGAUCCACCACAGUUGGGGUGGUGGUGGGGAGACCUCUUCUGAAAGGUUUUGAGGAAGUGUUGAAGUCAAGACUGGUCCUUUAGAUGUUUCUGGAUAAAAAUUUAGAGCUGGGACAAAUCCUGAAGAGAGGAAAUCCUUGGCAAUGUGACUUCAAGAGGAAGUCGCUGCUGUGUCAACUUAGCGGCACUGUCGUCUACAUUUCCCACUAUGCCUGGUGUCGGCAUUGCAUUGGGGCAUUGUGGGAAAUGAACAGGCUAGCCUCCACAACUUUCCAGGCCAGGACUUCUUCAUUGUAGGAGGAGGCUACAACAAUCUUUGGUCCUGCUCAGAAGUAUUGAAGGACUCAUUCACCAUCUAGUUUUCACUGAAUCCAUGUUCAGAAAGGCUCACAGUUCCCAUAGCCAUCAUUCUGAUCCAAGUUCCUUCGCGGUUUGCUUCAUCUCACCAAUAAAGAUCCCAACCUUGAAACAAGGAAGUCAUUUUGCCCAAACAUCUGGAGAUCUUGUGAAGGUCUCCUGAAAUGUUUGGGUCUUCUCAAAUGGAGAGAUGGAGCAGUUAAGGCGAAGAAAGGUCAUCAGCCCCUGGUUGAGGUAUCGCCUCCUAGGUGUAAGCUGAUUCAUACCACAUUUUUUUCCCCAACAACCAUAUGUGGUGAUUCCUCUCCAACUUCUACACCAGGGCUAUCCAGCCAUGGCCACUUUAAGACUUGUGGACCUAAACUCCCAGAAUUCCCCAGACUGGGAAUUCUGAGAAUUGAAGUCCACAAGUCUUAAAGUGGCCAGGGUAGGAUGGAAUGGGACAAUUCUUCAUGGCCACAUGACCCUCACCAGGUUGGAUACCCAUGUUCCACAUCAUGGGCUGAUGAAGUCUCACCUAAGUGCUUAAAGUCCUACUACUGAUAUUGCACUAAAGCAGUUUAUCUGAGUUGCUAUCAUCCAUUCAAGUUUACAGAUGUCCAGAGCACUGAUUUAUAAUGUGCUGAAGAUUUUUUUUUUAAUGCAGUUCUCAGCACACUUUAUUCUUUUCUAGCUGACUUGUGUCUUCAUUAUAAAAUAGUCUCUUUCACCCUCAAGGGCUGAUCUGGCAUCAGGGCAAGCAAUGCUAAAACUCAUCAGAUCCAAAAAUUGCAAUUGUAACAGUGCUGCAACCGCUUUGUCCUUUUUACAUAAAUGUUCCUUGCAAUAUGACACCCAGUUCUGCUCACCAGUUUCAUGGAGGUCUUACCUGAUGUAUUUUUAUUUUUAUUUUCUGUAUACUGUAUCCAAUGUAGCAGCCAAUUGUCCUUAAUAAACACUUGGGUAUAUGUGAGGCAUUUAUGCCAAUAGGAAUAAAUAG